UGGUUAAUUUAAGACGAGAGAUAAGAGUUUAUUAAAUUCAACACACAUGGAUAAUAAUGUAGAUCGAUUGAAGUCAGUUGAGUUCAGCCAAUAGCCUAAUCAAAAGUUUGAUAAUUAGGCCUAAUGGUUUGAAUGCAUAAUGCAUUUCAGUGAAAAUGAAAGUGAAAUUGAUCACUUUAAUUUCCCAGUAUGCCUAAAGUCAGCCAGAAGUCACGCCUAUUCUUUCACUCUGGUAGACGUCCUUACCCCGCAGCAGGUUCCUCCGACCUCCAAGAUAAACCGGACUUGACAUGGCUGCAAAAGAUGAAGCCUUUAAGAGAAGUUCAGUGGACCAAUGACCACAAACGAGAGCUGAUGUCGAAGAUCAGUUCGUACAAGACAAGCUAUGAGGCGCCGGCCCGCGUGCUCCUCCUCGGCCCGGUGGGUUCUGGGAAGUCCAGCUUCAUCAGCUCGGUCCAGUCCGUCUUCUCAGGAAGGGUCCUGAACCGCGCCAUGGUGGGCUCAUCUACAACUGGAUUCACCAAGAAGCUGCAGUCAUUCACUAUCCAGGGUGAGAAACGGGGGGGGCCUACUGCACUGACCAUGUGUGAUGUCAUGGGUCUGGGGGAGGAGCAAGACACCGGAAUCAGUUUCGAUGACAUCGUUUCUGUCCUCAAAGGCCAUGCUCCCGAAGGACACAAGUUCAGCCCCAGCCACCCGCUGCAGCCGAGCGCCGCGGGCUACCUGGAGGAGCCCCGCCUGGCAGUGCACUGUGUGGUGUUUGUGUUGGACGCCUCCCGGCUGUCCUCCUACAGCACGGGCCUAAGAGAAACCUUCCAGAAGCUCCGCGAAUACUUCAGUGACCUGGGGGUGCACCAGGUGACGGUGUUAACGCACAUCGACAAGGCGUGUGUUAUGACCAACACAGAUGUGAAGGAUGUAUACAAGAGCCCAAUCAUCCAGCCAAUGAUGUCCAAGGCAGGGGAGAUGCUGGGUAUGUCCAAGUCCUCCAUCAUGCCGGUGAAGAACUACUCCAGUGAGCUGGAUCUGGACAGCAACACAGACACCCUCCUGCUGGCGGCCAUCGAUCUAAUCCUGGAGUACGCCGACCUGUAUUUCCUGGACCAGGCCAGUGAGGGUCCCAAGGCCAGUGAGGGUCCCAAGGCCAGUGAGGGUCCCAAGGCCAGUGAGGGUCCCAUGGCCAGUGAGGGCCCCAAGGAAUCCUGAUAUAAAUUCAGAGCUCCACAUCGUGGAAUACACUUCCGCUGAUGGGCUUUAGUGGUGCUUCCAAUUGAUAUGUCAUACAAUUAUUGUAAAUGCAGACUUUUCCCCCCCAAAUAUUGUUUUAUCCCAUAUUUUUCUGUUUUAUAUCUUAUAUAAGACAAUAAUAAAGUACCUCUUAUGUACUUACAAGUAUGA